AUGGCGAUGGUCGCAUCCCAGUCCUUCUUGAAGGACAUGCAGGUAAACUGGGGAUCCAUCGCAACUGUCAGUGAAGAAGCAUCGAGGGCUAUGGAGACAGUGCAAGCCAAAGCCAAGCAACCAGAAGACAUGAUCUCGACUGCGCAGCUUCCUGUAAGUUCUGUUCGCGAUGCCGUGAUCCUUUUGCAAAGCCCCGGCAGCGGCGCAGGGCGAGAACUCGAGCCAGAUGAGUUGCAGGAGAUAGUGGCGGAGCUGAUAGCUGCGUACAGCGACCCCGAUCUUCAAAGAAAGAUUAGAGAGAUAUAUGAGAAGCAGAGGAGAGCCCAGCUCCAAGCAAGCGCAACAGGUGCUGCCUCGGAGGACCACAUGGCUGAGCUUCGGGAAAUCUUGUGGCCCUGCCAGACCGAUAUUGCGGAAGCCUACGGGCUGCCCGGGACUACAGAAGGACUACAGCGCAUCCAGAAUUCCGUGCAAAGACGAAUCACCGAAGGUGACGUCGAGAUAAGAUGCCUUGCGGAUGAGGCAUUGAUGCUGAUUGGGAUGAGCCCUUUGCAAAACAUCAUCCAGGAGGUGAAGGCUGAGGAUUUCUUGAAUUGUAUAUACGGAGCAGCCGGGGACAGCAGCGGCACGGAGAUAGAGGAGUUUUUCCUGAAUCUUCGAUGUGAGACCCCGCUGGAGAAAGCAGCGCGGGCACGCGGGCUUAUGGCAGCUCGGCGCCUCAAGGAAGAGCGCAACCCACCGGGCGGCCUCACGUGUGGCUUGCUGCGCACCUGGGCCGCCUACGAGAAGCUUGGGCUGGCCCCUCAGCACAUCAUCAGCACCGCGCCGCCGCCCGUGGCGCGGCUCAAGAACCCCAGCGCUGCCCAGGUCUGGGAGUUCGUGCUUCGAAAUCAGCCCGUCAUCAUCGAGGGCGCAUGCAAUCCCAAAGAUUUUCCUCCCGCCGGUGACUUCGCGGAUUUCGACUACUUGCGAGCCCGGUGCGGACAUCGUUAUGUCAAGGUUAAGGGAGAUUCGUGCUGGGACAACAAGGGGCGACAGCUGUUCCUCAAUGAUCCCACGAUCGAGAUCUCUGUAUCUGACUACCUGGAUCUUGUAGAAGUUGCCGAAGAGCACGAGACAUGCAUCUCCUGGUACAUGGGCAAACUGCCACUGCACACCGACCUGCCCGAGUUGUUUGAGGACAUUAAUAGCUCGCCAAACUCUCCUUGGCGAAAGUUUGGAACUUGCUUUGGUGAGAACAACAAAGGGGUGCACACAUACUUUGGCUGCGGUGGAAACACCACCUGCAUUCACUCUGACCCAUCAGAGAAUCUUUUAUUGGUUGUUAUGGGCGAGAAGUUCAUGGACAUCUACCCACCUUGUGAUGCUGCCUGCAUGCACACGACCGUGAAGAAGUUCCUCAACUCACUCGUGCCACCUUUCAUUGAUCCCAACUUCGUGCCCGAGGAGGUUGACAAGAACUGGGGCAACUACAAGUAUGCGCAGCCCCAGAAGGUCCACCUGAAAGCUGGAGAUCUGUUUUACCUUCCAAUCUUUUGGUGGCACUCCGUGCAAGGCUCGAUCGGGAGGAACAUGAUCCUCAACUGGUGGUGCCUUCAGCAUCCCUACAAGGAGCACAAGUACACAGGCUAUGAGGGUGCCCGCGAGGUUUUGGAAGUUCUACAGCACCUGAACGAGGCCUGGUCUUCAAAUGACAAGUCGUCAGCGAGCGCUCAGGAACGUUCAGUGGCUCAAGAGUUGGGAAACGGCGUGCUAUACUCCGACUCGAUGUGCGCUGCCAGCAACAGCUACAAGAAGCUGGUGGCGCCACCUGCACCAAAAUCCCUGUCACAGGAGAACCGGGGCAUGAACGACAUGAAUUCCAUGUCGCUCGGACCGACCAAGGCGAGAGCGCCUGCCACUUCUGGAUCUGUGCCUACAAAUGGCUUCCGAUGGAAAUCGUCCCGGUAA